AGACAGAAAGCCGACCACGGCCGGUCAUGUGCAACAGUCAGUCAGUUAGUUAAUGGCUCAGGACCGGUAGACAUCUACACAGCCGACCGCGUUGUCCGAUACCUCGGCGAUUCUAGAUCUCGACUAGAAUAUUUACCCUCGAAUUACAGGUAAAAAUAAAUUAAUUUUAAUUUUAGUUAUUAUAAUAAAAUAUUUUUUAAUAUAACGUAUACAGUAUAUUAUGAUAGGUUUCAUUAAUGAAAAAAAAUGUAUAUAUUCAAAGGUAUAUUAUAGGGAUAUUAUUCGGUAUUUAUUAAUAUACCAACCUUCAAAGGAUUAUCGUAUUAUAUCGUAAUUGAUACGCUGUUACAUUAAUUUUUUUCUAUAUUAUCCAAACGACAGUUUGACGGUUGAUUUUAUUUCUAUUGUACGUUUUUUUAAAAGUUUACUAUUAUACAAUGGCUUAUUUUAUUUGUUUUAUAAAUUUCACCGAAAACGAAAAUAUUAUUAAUGUUUUAAGAACAAAAAAAGUAGUUUACGGUAUAUCCACGGAAAAACUAAACAGAUAUUAACUUUAUGAUUCAGGUUUCUCUAAUUUAAAAUGAUUUUAUAAUUUUUUAUAAUUUUUUUUUUUUUUUUGUCACUCAAUUCGUUUAAGUAUUAGGUAUCGUGUUAAUGUAGUAUCACUAAAAACACGACAUUUUAAUGAAUUAUUUUUUGUUUUUUUUAAUUUUUGAGUCGAGUAUACUGCAAAAAAACAUCAUUGCUCAUAUAACAAAAUUGAUAUUACUAUAUAAAAUACUCGUAUGUUAUAUGCAUAUAAAAGCCAUGAUCCGUGUGUAACUCUUUUUUGAUUUACUAUGGCAACCAAAUUCAUACAAAAACCAUUAUAACCAAUUUUAUGACAGGCAUACAACUAGCGUAUUAUUAUAAUGUUCUAUGCUUUUUUUUGGUUCGAGUAAAGACAACAUUCUAAAUCGCUUCGACUAAAUCGUGUAUACUACUGUAGUUAACUUCAUUGUUGUGAUUUACUCUUAAAUUCAGAAACCUAUAAAUUAUUACUCGAGUACUGAAGAACUUAUGGUUAGGAUAAAGUAAUUUUUCGUUAUUGUUCAAUUUUUUUUUUUUCUAUAAAUCAUAAGAACAACAAAAAAAAGUUUAUAAAAUAAAAUAGGCGCCCGUGUUCGUAACCGGACAAUACAUUUUAUGAAUUAUUACAAAUACGUCUGCCCUGUGUUUACAAAUAUCCAUCAUUUGUAUGUUUUUCAUAAAAUUUUGAUGUAAGAAGGUCAGUUUUUGAUUAAUAUAAUAUUGUUUUAUAUAUUGGAAUUUAGAGUCAGUAAUUAUAAUAUUAUUUUUAGACAUUUAUAAUUUCCAGCGAUUAUUCAUUUUAAUGUUCUUUAUCUUUAUAAUGUUAUUUUCAAAAAAUUUUGACCGCUUUCAAGACUUUGACAUUUAGCGAAUUUAUUUUUUUUCAAUUUUUCAUUCUAUGUAUAUGUGCCUAUUAACAAUUUGAAAUUGCAUUUUUCAAUUAAUGUACCUAUAACAAGCAUUAGUUUGGCAAUAUCUAAUCUAUCUGAAUUUCAAAAAUUUCAUUAGAUAUUUAUGAAUAUUUUUCAAAUAGAAAUUAUAUUUUCAAUUAUAUAACAAUUCAUUUUAUUAAAUUUUAAAUUUUAAAUUUAUUUUAAUUUAAUUUAAGUUCUGAAAAGAUUCUACUCAAUCACUGUUAAAUUUACAAGAGAAUAUAACGAGAGUAUCUGUUUUAUUAUGAUUUGUGCUUUUUAUUAUUUAGUUGUGCGCAUCUGCACAACUUUUCUACCAGAAAUUUAUAAUUUAAAAGUUGUAAUUCAGUUAGAAGUAAUCGUAGAAACCCGAAAAAUCCACAGAAUAUUAAUAUUAGCCCUUUGUAAACAUGGUAAAAAUGUCAAACCAUAUUUGAAUUAUUUAUAACUAUUUGAAAUGUUUGAGGUUUUUUAGUAUGUAUUUAUUUGGUUUAAUUUGAAUAAAUUGUUUCCUGCCAAGCAAGUCAAUAGUUUGAAUAUUUAACAUGAGGUUCAUCAUAAAUUGAAAGGUACAAGGAAAAAACCAAAACAGUCACUUUUUUUCAGUCUAAGAAAACCAUGUUUUAAAUUUCAAAACGUAACAAUUAAAAAAAAAAAAAGGUAACCACAACACAAUCAUCUCAUAUUAUAUUACUAACCACGGCUAUAGUCGUGUAUAAACCCAAAACUUGUUUGUUUAUCAGUUGACUUACUUGUUUUUUUUCCUAUAGUAGACCUAAACUUCUGGUACUCAUUACUUUCGACUUAUCUGGUUUUUUCGCUGUUUCGAUCGCACAAAAGAUACAGUACAUCAAUAUAAAUUGUUUGAUACCAUUAUCAUAAUUUUGGAAGAAAGUAACUUUUCUGUUUUUUUUCCUUAUACCCUUCAAUUGUGCUUAAUGGUAAACUAAAUAACAAUGUAAUGUUCUACCUUUCCAACUUCCCAUACACAACACUGUCACACCAGUCAACAAUACCUGCUCAUUUGUAUAAGACUUUAAAAUAUUAAUAAUAGACGUGUUUUAUAAUCAACCAAAAUAAUUUUUAUUUUUAACACAAUCAUUUUAAUAAUAUAAAAUUGCAUCAUUUUUAAGAUUAUAAUAAUAUAAUUUAGAUACACAUCAGGUAACAUCAGCUUACAUCUGAAAUCUUACCCAAAAGUACGUAGUGUAGUAUUAUACAGGUACGAUUUUUUUUUAUUUUUAAACAAUAAUAAGAAUUAUCUAUAGAUCUUUUUAAAUCUUUAAAAUAUUGUUAUUAUAAUGAAUAUUUAGUUUCGUUUAACUAGAUAAGUAGUUCUAGUUUGACUUUAGACUUGACCCAACUACACGUUUAUACGGAACACUAUGCAACCACUUAUAUAUUAUAAUACGUGUGCGGUGUAUGUGUACAUUUAUAUAAUAUAAUAAAUUAUUUUGUGGCCUUCAUAUUUCUUAUUUUUGCGUGUAAUGAAGCGUUUAUUGGCGCAUUCUUCAGACUAAAAAAAUUACCAACUCGCUGUCUGUAAAGUGUACAUACAUGCGUAUACAGGGUGCCUGCAUACGACUAAUUGUUAUAACGUCCAAAGUUUUAUUAUUAGGUAAUAUUAUGUAUUAUAUAAGCCUACUUACCUAUAUUUUGUGUAAUAUUUUUAUACAAAUUACUAUUAAGUUAGAGUUUAUAGUUAGUAAUUUUCAUAACAUUUUUGUGAUAAAUGAAUAACUAAUUACGAGUACAGCCAUAAUAAUAUUUAUAAAGAUUUAUUAAUCUAAACUAAAGACACAUUAUAUCACUAUCCUCGUCACUAGACAAAAGAGGUCAAUAACACGGUACCUGAUACCAUAAUAUUAGCCAACUCAUUGAAGAAGUAACACAUUUUUAAGAAAAGAUUUUAGUGUAAUAUAAAUACGAAAAACGUUAAUCGCUCUUUUUUAAAAGUAUAGAUGGAAACAAUCUCUAAAAAUACAUAGGGCUUGAGCUCCAUAGGUUUAAAAUCUAAUAUUAAAUAAUAAAUUAAUUAAAAUACUAUUAGGGAGAGCUUGGUAUAGCUCAGCUCCCAGUAGCCCUCCGGCUAAGCCCUUCUAAUCCCCCCUAUUUACGUCUGUACUCAAAAUAAAUAAUCGUACAACCUGUUAGUAUUAUUUAACGGGUAACGAGAAAUGGGCACCAAAACAUUUAUAGGAUCUGUUAAGUCGAAAGAUUCUUUUCAAGCGUUUCAGUAAUAUUAUUAUUACUAUUUAUAUUCAUGUUAUUAUGACUUUGUAAUAUUUUCUAGUUUUAUAUGUUCAGUUAAGUUUUUGUAUGUUCACAUUUGUGUUUAUAUGAGAAAUUUUAUUUUAUUUUUUUGAAAUUUAAAUAACCAUACAAUUGUAUACAUAUUAAACAAAAAUAAAAAGAUUUCUUUCGGAUGUGCCACUGCCCAACUGUUGUAUACACUGUUUUGAAAAGCCAUAAUAUUAACGAUUUGAAAAUAAUAUACAUUUUUUACAUUUGCCCAUUUUCCCUAUGUUUUUUCCAUUUAUUAAAAAAACCUCUGAUAAAAUCAAAAGAUGGCCUCCUUAAAGUAUCACGAAAAUAAAAUUUCCUUUUAGAAAGGAUACUACAUAUACACUUGAAAAUCGGAGCAUUAUUUUUAGUAAAAACGUUGUUCACAGCAAAAAAAAAAAAAAUAAUCAUCAUUGUAAAACCAAUUUAUUCCUCGUUCUGCUCGGAAUAUAAAACAAAAUUGAUAGUACCCGUUAUUGCGUAAAUGCUCCCAUUUUUCCUACGGUCUUUCUAUUAAGAUAUAAAUACAAAAAUUGAUUUUAGAAAAAAUGUUACACUUAAUGAUCAAAUCAAGAUUACUGUUAUAUAAGUAGUUUUCAGACAGAAAAAAAAACGUACAUAUAAUAGUAAAACAUGAUACGCGUGGAAUCUAAAAAGAAGAAUAAUUAUUAUUAAAUAAUUUGCACUAUAUAGUUUAUCAAACAAAAUUAUAAAAUAAUCAUUAAAUAAAGGAUUUAAAAAAAAAAAAUCUUAGGUAUGACUAAAUAUUACAUAGAUUUAGUUAAUAUAGGGAAAAUUAAUAAUUAAUCUACGUACAACAUAUGUAAUUUAAUAUUAAGGUGAAUCGCAUGAUUUAAUUGCGUAUUUUGUUUAGAUUUGAUUUGGCAUGAUGUAAUAUAAAAUAAUUCAUUACAAAUAGUAAACCAAUAUAGAAUAUCUUAAACUAAUUAUUGUGCGAAAUCCAAUUAUUAUUAAAAUAUUAUUUCAUGUUUUAUUUAUGUAUAAAAUAUAUGUACAAUUCUAUGCACAAAACUCAACUAUACAUACACGAUAUAUUGCUUAACCUUUAGAUAUAACACUCCACAUGAGUUCAAAUUUGAAAUAAUAUUAAUAGACAUAAAUUUGAGAGUUUGAGAACUUAAAUUUCGUUAAAAAUAUGUUGUACAAGGAUCAUAAUCCUACAAAACAAAUUUUCUCUUAUAUUCGUCUAAAAUACCAUAAAUGAUUAAAAAUUAUAUACACCAUGAAAAAUGUAUUGCUCAUCUUUUUCUUUUUUUUUUGUUUACUUUUAAAUCUUAUCGUUUAUAGACGCUAUAAUCUAUAAUACAAUUAAUUUAGCGGUUUUCAAUUAUUUUCCAAUUCGUGUAAAUUAAACACUUAUAAGGUUAUAGGUUUAAACAAAUAAAUAAUACGAUUUUCAAUUAAAUAUAAAACGAUAGUAAUGCACCUACUAAGAUUUAGUUAACUCGAGGAAAAUUAAUAUAGGUAUACCACCUGCCUAUAACAACAAUUAAGAUGAACCUUAUGACUUAUUUAGGUAUUUAAUUAGGUUCAGUUAAAAAUGUUAUUUUAUUUAGUUAUUGGAAUGAGUAUGAAUGUUAUUUUUAUAUAUUAAAAUAGAUAUUAUCAUUGAUUAAUAACAAUGGUAUUAUAAAACGAAUUAUAUACACAUUUGACAUUUAAUAUCAGUAUAAGUUCGUCUAUACAAAAUAAAAGGAUUAUACACUGUGAUAAAUAAUAAUAGUAGUAGGUAUUAUUUUAAUAAAUUGCUUUGUAAUUCAGGAUGUAAUGACUUUGAAAAACAAGUAAAUAGGUAGGUAGCUAUAUUACCUAUUUGAUCAAAUCAGUUCAAUUAGGUAAUUAUAAUUUAAUUUACCUACAUCAAAUAAACAUGAUUUACUAUUUAAACAAAAUUUCAAUUAAAAAACGAAAUUAAUAAGAAAUGAUUUCGUUUUUGUUUAUGUUUUUUUUUUAUUCAAUAAAUAGGUUAUAAUGUCCCAAGUAUGCAUUAUAUUUCUGAUUUUGUUAUACUAAUUUAUUCUAUUUUUAACAUAAGUACUAAAGUAUAAACAAGUUUAAAUUUAUUAAAACUAUAAUAUAAUACCAUGCGUUCAAAAAUGGAUUAUGUGUUAUUGAAAAUACAAUAAUAAUUUGACAAAAAAUUUGUCAUUUAAACGUCGGUCAAGGCCAGUACAAAUAUAAAGUGUUAAGAAUUUAUUAUUAUAAUUAGUAUUUCCUGUUAUUCUUAACUAUGUACUAAAAAAAGAAAGGUAAGAUAAUGGGGACGGAUGCAGCUACUGAUAUAGAUGGGAAAUUAGGAAGGUAGGAUAUAGACGGGAAUUUAAUGUAUAUCUGUAAGCAAGUACCGAUAAACCAUUGCUUACGAAAAAACAAUUCUAAACGGAGUUCAGUUGAUAGUGAUGCUUUGUCUACAAUAUAUGUCGUUGUAUAGUUAAAAAAAUAAUUAAAUAGGCUUUAUAUAUUUUCUUUAAUAAAAUUUGUUUAAUGUUGUACCGAUUUUCCCAAUUUUCCUACGUUUUUCCCGGUUUUUCAAAUUUGAUGAGAAAACUCCUGAGAAAAUCGAAAAAUGACUAUAAAUGCAAAUUAAAAAAAAUGCAAUUAAUACUAAUAAUGCAUUAAUACUACUAGCGUUUAACUGAACAAUUAUUCAACUGAACUAAUCUAAUUGUCUUUUGAUUUAUUGACGUUUUAUUUAGGAUGAAAACCUCAUUUGAGAAAUAAAAUAGCCGUUAAAAUUAAAAAUCAUACGUUUAAGUGUUACAAUUGAAUUGUAUCAAGUAAACUUUUAACUACAUUACAUCUAGUAUUUAUUAAGACUAAGACAUUGUAUAGAAAAUAAAAUCCAAUAUCCAAAAUAAAAAAUAAUCUUAAUAGAAUAAUCGUCUUCGUUUCAAAUUAAGUUUUUUUUUUUUUUUUUUAGUUUUGAUAAUACUAUAUUUUAUCGCGAUUGCUGAUUAAUAUAUUAUAAUACUACUGUACACGUCUCGUCUCAUAUUUCCAGUUUUGGUAUUGACUCAUUCAAAAUUACCCAUUUCAUAUAAAAUCUCUGAUCAAUUGAUAAAACUUAAACAAUUUUGUUGACACCGUAGCACAUUUAACAAUAUAAUUUACAAAUGCAAAAUGUUGAAUGCAAUUUUUAGAUUUUAAGAAAUGGUCUUUCUUUAUUAGAUUUUAUUCGAUAUGCACAUUGCACAUAUAAAGAGACAUACACAUAUAUAUUAAGUAAUCGUUAAACAGUAAUUAGUAAUAACUAGUAUAUAUAUAUAUACGAAAAUUAUAUUAUUGAGAACACAAAUCAAUUAUUUUAGGCUUACCAGUCCAUGAUCAUUUUACAAUUAUUGUUAUUCGUAUGCGUCUCACAUCGUAUACAUAAUUUCAACACUCAUUUUUCAUUUUUCUCUCUAUAAUAUAUUACACAUAUAACAUAUAUGUGUUGUUAUUAACAUUUCGAAGGAUAGCAAAAACAAAAUACUCAUUUUACGUGUAUUCUUGUGGAGUAUAAUACUCAGUUUUUAUGUGCUUUAAAAAACUUACCUAAGUCAACGGUCCCCAAAUUUUAUGCCAAGAUGUUUUUGUAAAACGCCACGUCACUAAUGUAUACAUAAUAUGCAUAAUAUGUAUAGAAUAACGCUCCAAAUUGUUCGAACUGUAUCUUAAAAAGUACAGACUUCAUGCGUUGUCGAAGCCAAGAGCAGAUAAAUUAACCACCGACGAGAAUAUUAGACUACAAGCCACGCUUUCCGCUUGACCGGGCUUAAGUAUUUCCGUGGCAUCACCAGUAACGUUGUAAAAUUUAUCGGUUGGCCGACUUCCACCUUUAACAGGGUCUAUGUUAUAACAAGCUAAUUGAAAAGCUAAACGGGAUCCUCAGAUUGAGACGUUAGUUUGUCCCCAUUCAUGUUGCCUUCAAUCACCAAAGCAUUUCCAACUGUUAAAACUUAUGACAAAUAGGUUGUAACGCGGGUACUACAUAAUAUGUGGGUGACCACGGAACCUACCUCCAUGGUUAGAAGGUUCUCUAAAAGGUUCCGAAGGACGAGAUGGAACGACCGUGUUCAUCAUUAUUAUAUCAACGUGGUCUGUUAGAUUUUACUAACACUUCGUCGUGAGCGAGGUCUGACAGACUGCACCUCCGUGACUCUUAGAUAGUGAAUAUUAAUCACUUUAUGAUCAGUAUGAUCGUUUACUCUUUUCUGGCGAUCUAAUGCUAAAAAAACAUGGUCCGGAUCACCAAAACACGUGUCUUAUCACGUACGGUCCCUAUCUCCUAUUUUUAAAUAGCCACUUGAUAAUAUCAGAACAACUGAUAAAAACCGUGUAUACCUAAUACCUACCUAUAUUAAAUUUAAAAUUAAACUGUUAUAAUAUCACAUGAUCAAAAUUAUGAUUGCGAUGUUUUUUUUGUGCGGUUCCUCAUCUUUGACCCAGCGAGUCGCGGCCGAUAUCAAAGUACUAAUAUUAUAUUGACCGCUAAACGAUAACAAUUAUUAUUGUAAGAGGUAAUAUAUUCCUAUUUUUUUUUUCCUUUUGUCUUAUCACCAGGAAAAAGGUUUAAAUGGAGAAAAAUACCGUCUGUACUAUUGUGUAUCUACCUAAAUAGAUUAUAUGUUCCAAUUGCUAACAAAAUGAAUCAAUAAUAAUUAUUGUUUUCUUAGCCUUUUACCCUAGUACUUAUUGACUUUUUUGUCAUUAUAAAUUAUUAUUAUUGUACUAUUUUACUAUACUUUUUUUUCUUGUCGAUGUGAAUAAUUCGGAUAAUAUAAUAAGUUAUGAAAUCUUUUAUUAUCGUCUCCACGAAAAUAAUUCUUCUGUGUAAUUAUAUAGCCACGGUUAAAAAUAGACCCACAUAUUAAGAGGUUAAAAAAAAAUAGAUUUUUUGACAAGGUCAUCAUAAAUACAUAAUAACUAAAUAAUAAUUUUUUUUUUUUUUAAAUUCUCUAUCAGCGUACAUUUCAAUUAUUAUUGACUCAUAUACGAUACAAUAAAGAGCGUUUAUUUUUAUGAACAAAUUUGCCGUUAUUCGAGUUCUUUAUAUUUAUAGUUCUAUGUUAUAACUGUGCUAUAACUCAAUAAUCGCCAAAAUGUUUGGAAAACUUCAUGACGUCUAAAAAGAGCUAAUUUAAGUAUUCUCGUAAGUCUAGUAAGUCUUGUUAUUUUAUUCUAAAUUACUAUAAAAAAAAAAAAAAAAUCGAAAAUAAAGGAAGUAUUAGCGAAUGAAAACGUUAUUCUACAAGUAUAUUCUACAAGUUAAAACGAUACAUGAUGGAAAAUUGAACAGCUUUAGUGAAGAUUCGGCGACGUAUUUUCGAAAAUAUUGCAUACUAAUACAAUAUUACGAGUAUAACACCUUAUUAUAUAUUAAACUGUACAUUUUAUAUUGUAUAUAUAUACUAUAUAUUUCAACAUAUUACAUAAUACGAGUUCAUACUUAAUAGUUUAUUAUAUUUAUAUAAAUUAUAACUAUCAUGUUAGCGUGUCUUAAAAAAAAAAAAUCAAAUUCAAAUUUUGUAUCCAAAACCCAAAAGUUCUCCCUAAAAAGCUCUAAAAAAUUAAGAAAAUAACUUAAACACCAACAUUUGUCAAAAAAAAUGCCAAAUAUAUCUUCUUGUUCUUAUUCAAUAGUACAUGAAAUGAAUUUGUGACAACAUGAGCAUAGCACAGCGAACUUUAGAAAAAGAUGCAAAGUGCAUCGAAAUUUCAACACUACUUAAUUUACAUCAUAUUCAAAAUAUUUACUUGACCCGAUUAUCCACACCGUCCUCGCAUACACCCACCGUCCUCAUAUUCUCAAUCACAUCCAAUCACCUCUUUUUCAAUUUUUUUCAUUUCAUCUUUCUCCUACAUUUUUUUUUCAACUCCAUUCUUACUGAUUCUUCUAAUUCUUUUCUCCUUAUUGUACGCUCAAAUCAUAUCCUAUCCCCUUCCUAUUAUUUUAUUUAUUACAGAGUACCUAUAAAUUCUAAUAGCUACAAAAAAAAAAUCUACAAAAAAUUAGUUUAGGAAUCAUUUAUAUAUUAUACGAGUUGUUCGGGAGUUCGGUACUUAUGGAGAAUUGUAAUCACCGGCAUAAUUGUAAAUAUAAAUUUAUUGACUAUAAUUGUUAAUGUCUGUAUAAAAUAAAAGCUAAUAAUUAUAAUCGAUCGAUCACUCAUAAUUUUGUAGUUGUACAACCAAACAGCGAGCCCCUAUUUAUAAAGUAUCAGUGCAUCAUGACAUUUCCAACCCGGACGUUUCUAUAUAAUAUAUCUGUUUAGGAUCGAUUGACUUCAAUAAUUAGUGAUCUCCAUCGGGCGACAGAAAAACGGGAGACCUUUGGAUUUUAUGAGUUACGGCCACGGCUAAUCACCACGAAUAAUAUCAGCUGAGAAUAAUAAUAUGUAACAAACAAUAAUUUAAAAGAAUUGAUUAUGUUCUCGUAAACAAUAUAGUUCGUGUGGAAAAUAAAUUAGAGUGCAAUUUUAUACUAACGUAAAGUUUUACUAAAAACAAUGAGACUAAAAAGCGUCAAAAGUAUUGUAAUGGAGCAUGUUUCUUGAAGCUACGAAUAAAAACACAACUCGUAAAUAAUGGUACAACGAUGAAGAAGUUAUCAAAACAAAAAACAUUUCGGUCACUAUUUUAAAGUUGCAACUUUUUAACAUUGAACAAUUUUAGAAAAAUUGUAAAAAGGGUAAUUAAAUAAAAUUAAUUAAUAAAAAAAAUUAAUAUCAGAUUCAGCCUUGAAAUAGGAUAUGCAGUUAUAAAAUGUUCUUAACGCGGGCUCCGCUCCGAACUUUAUUCUAACAGUUCAAUUCGAUCAAAUUCUCGUCACUAUAAUAUAACGAUGUAAUCUGAUCCUGUACAGGAGUUUAAUGCAAUGUAAACAAUCUGAAUAAUCUUUAAGAAUAAUAAUAAUAUAUAAUAUUAUCGUUUAUAACAUUUUGUAUUGCGCUCGUGUUUCGAUAGUGAGUAUCUACGUAUGCCUACCUACGUGUGACGUGACGUCUGUGACGUUUUACGGUCACGAGAAUCGUCUGGCGCGACAAAAUAUCGCAGUACGAUAAUAAUAAAAUCCGUAUUUCCAUUAGAACAAGAGCCAACCCGACCGAGUGACCGUGUCAGUUCAAAAAACUUCAACUACGAAAAUUACAAACAAAAUAUUAUUAUUAUUCGCAGUAAUGUAGCGUACGCACGAGACCGACUGCCGCCCUCUGGCACGAGUCGUUUUGGCGACGACGGCCUUAUGAUUGAUGUGAUCAUGUACCGCAAUUUAAAUAUCAUUAAUUCUCAUUUAUCAAACCCGUUGGCCGCCGCUGAACAUAAAAACCGUUAAUAUUUAAUAAAAUAUGUAUUAUAUAUUAUACGGUCAGCCAGACGAAUUUCAUUCAAACCAAAGCCCAUCGCCAUCGUGAGUGGGCCAUUGAAAUACUUAAAACAACAUUUAGGUUAUAAUGUUCGAGUAAUAUAUUUGUAUAUAUAUAUAUAUAUACAUUUAAAUACCCUGACAAAGAAGCGAACUUCAAGAUACGGACUUUUUUUUGGCUGUAAUUGUUUUUAAUCGAGUGUGCGACGCUGCAGCAGACACCGCGACCAAAUAGUUAUUCUUCUGCCGCUACGGCAUCUACUAUCGUUAUAGAUGAGUACGUUGUUUUAAUCAUUAUGAAAACUGUACAAAAAAUUUAAACGAUAAUUGACGUCGAUAUUUGACAUCAUAUAUUAUUAUAUUAUUAUUAUAUGAUGUAGUUAUUUUAGUUAACCUGUUAAUUAUGUAACCAUAUAUUAUAUUUAACCAAAAAAAAAAAAAUUUAAUUUUAAUAUGGAAUUUGACGAAAUAUUUUUCGUGCGAUUAAGUAAACACUGUUGAUGGUGUGUAUGUGUAUUUAAGUUAAGACCUAUUUGUAGGCACAUUUUACAAGCAUCAUAAAUAUGUUACCCAACGAAAAAAUGAUGUUCUGUUGUUACGAAGAUAAAUUGUUAGUAUACGCUAUUGUUCUGGAAAAAUAUAUAUUUACCUUUUUGUUACCACGUUUAAAUGAUUUAUAUAUAUUAAUAAAAAUUCAGUAUCUACAAUGAUUCUUUACGAUCAAAGCUCGUUUUUAUUGCAUUACGUUGUCAGUAUAUCAUAUGAAAAAUAAAUAAGUCUUAUAACAAUUACAUAUUAUAUAUUAAAAACAUGAUGAGCCACAAUUGUGUUAGGUAACUAUAUUUGUUUUGCACACGCGUAACUGAACAAAUUAGCUUUUUUUUUCGUCACUAUCGAAGUUUUAAAUGAGAACAACAACGGGUUUUUUUUAAAAAAUAUUCUUCAACAAAAUAAGUAGACGUAAAAACUUAGAAAACAGGAAUAGUUCAAAUUUAUUUCGAAUUUUCUUAUACACCUAGUAUCUAAGUAUGCUUAUCGAUUUGAUGUAUUACAUUAACAAAUAUUUAGUAUCUACAAUGAUUUUAUACGAUUAAAACUCGUUGUUAUUGCACUGCUUUGUCAAUAUAUCAUAAUAUUAAAAAAAGAACUGAUAUUGGGGACGGGUGCAGCCACUGUUAUAGGUGGGUAUUGGAAAAGGUGGGAUACAUAAAAUAAUUUAAUUUAUACCUGUUACCAUAUAACCAACAAUGAACCAUUGGUAACUAAAAACGAUUCGGAGCAAAGUUAGGUAAUAUAUAUUUUGAAAAGCCGUAAUAUUUACGGUUGUCGUCAAAAUUUGAUUUUAAAACUUGUAAAAAAAUAUAGCUCUUUUUUCUACGUUUUUUUUUUCAGUUUCGCUCAAUUAUCAAAAAACUACAAUGAAAAUUAAAACGACUUUUUUGGUCACCAACAUGAUUAAUUGUUGAUGAAUAGUUUUUAAAAAAAAUGGUGUUUCAUAAUUUUUCUAUUGGAGCAAUAUUUUUUGUAGAAAGCAUAUAUCAUGAAAAUUUAAAAUAAUAAAAUUAUAACGCCGUAAAUUCGUCAGGUUUCAUUUUACGUUUUUUUUCCAGUUUUUCUGUCUCUCGGUCUCUGUCAGUUCCUAUGUGUUUUAAAAGCACAAAAUCGAUCAUUUGUCAUUUUUCGAUUGGAUUAAUAUUUCUAGUUGAAAAUAAUAAAAUAAUUAAACCGAGACGCUACGUUACCGUACAUAUUAAUCAAUUUUAAUUUUUUGGUUUUUCAUAAUUAUUACGAAAACUACUUCGGAUAUUGAAAAACGACUUACUCUGUCAGUGGAUAAAUAUUAAAGGGAACAAAAUCGAUAUCUUUUCAUUUUUGAAUUGGAACAAUAAUUCUGGUAGAAACCAUCGUGUUAACAUAAUAAAAACAACGAAAACGAUAACGCCGCUACACUCCGAAUCUAUAAAUAAAUAAGUCACGUAACAAUUCCCUAUUAUAUAUUAACAAUAUGAGCCACAAUUGUGUUAGGCGACUAAAUUUGUUUGGCACAAGCGUAACUGAGCAAAUUUACUUUUUUUUUAUUAUUAUUAUUAUUGAAGUUAGAAUUUUUUUUCCACAAAAUAAGUAAACAUAAAAACUUUUAAUAAAAUUAGAAAACAUAAAAAUAGUUAAAAUUUAUUUCGAGUUAUCUUAUAACACACUAAUAUGUAUUAUAUAAUAUAACGUAUAGCAUUCAUUGAUGACUACGUUUUAAACAUAGAUUAUUUAUGGCUUUGAAUCAUCAGACAAACAAUGAUGCAAAUAUUUAAUUUUUAAUUUUAAAAAAUACUCAUCAAUUUUCAAAAAUAAGAUAAGAAAUUUAGAAAAAAUAUAUAUUCUAUCGUUCUCAAUGAAGGUAGAGGAUUUAAAUGUUUGUACACGGCUGGUAUUUAAUAAAUAAAUAACAUAAUAUUAUCAUAAUAUUUAUUAUGAACGGUCAUUAUAAUUAUUUUGUAGUAAUAAAUCAUAAUUAGCGAAAUGCGUUUUUAUUUUUCAAAAGGUUUAUAUAAGUAAAGGUCAUGGUGUAAGACGAAUGAAUAGUGACUGCGUAAAAGUACUUUUAUGAAGCUGCGGCCUAUUAGGUGAUUUUAAAUUCAUGGGUAGUUAGGUGGCUGAUAUCUAAAUAAUAUAAGUGUAAUAUUAAUAUUGUAGGUAACACACUAUAAAAUACACAUUAUAAUAAUUAUACCUACUCCAAUAUGCUUAUAAACACUUAGGGUUGUAUGCUAUAGUUACAAAUGUCCCGGACACUCGUCGAAAAAGUUUAACACGAACUCUCUCGAAUUAAAAUAUAAAAUGACCUCGACACGGCAGUGACGAUUCGUUGUCAUGAAUAUUAUUCUAAUUAUUGAAAAAAAAAUCAAUCAAAACUCGAUUACAAUGUCCUAAUUCAGACUUGAAAGUAUUGGAUAAUAAAAAAUAAAAGUGAAUUCAAAAAAAAAAAUGAGCUUAAUAUAGUAGUGGGUUUUUUUUUAUAAAUAUUUGAAUUACAUUAUUAUUUAAAUAUUUUAAAAUCUUAAAAAUCACAGCAUUUCUAAACAUAUUCAACCGGACUUCACUCCGAAUCGUAUUUCGUCGGCAAUGGUUUAUCGUUGCGUACAAAUAUAAAAUAACUUUAUGUAUUGCCAACUUCAUACUUACAACAGUAGUACACGCAUCAGCAGUAUCAGAUAUUUUUGUUUUAUAUUCCAUAUAGUGAAGUGUUAAAAUAAAUCAUUUACCAAGUAACUAUAAAGCCACCACUAAUCGUACAUUUUAUUUCACCAUCGCACUCAUCAGUGAUGAUUCCAGUAAUAACCAUACAAUACUUCAACAAUAUUAUUAGACAAUGACUAAUAUCGAAUAUGUAAUAGUUAAAAAGACAUCCUAAUGUUUAACUAUUUCAUUAAAAUUAAUAAGUCGGUACCUAUACUGUUACUACAGUUAUAAUAAAAUGUGUAGUUUAAUAUGUAAUAACAAUAAUUAUUAAUGUUAUUAUCUUCAGUAAUCGGUUCAGCGAUCAAACAUGAUAAUUUACACAUCGUGCAUAGGUAUUGUAUAGUUGACACCGGAUAAUGCAUUUUAUUAAUGAUGCAUAACGCCCAUAACAUAAUUAUCGUGUACCGUAAUUUUAAAAUCAUUUAAAUAACAAUAACAAUACCGUCGUCGUGGCUGUAGGCAUGCAAUUCUUUUAUAAAUUUCAGUAUCUCGAACUCGUUUUCGGAAAUAUUAGUACCUACACAUCGAUAAUUAUAUCGAUGUGUAUUCGACAUGAUAUGCACAUUUUUAACUAGGUAGGUGCGUUUAUAAACUGUGUAAAGGUAUCUAGUAUCUAGUACUUACUCUACUAUAAUUAAUAUUAUAUAACGGACUUUAUACCUGGUGUUCACAAGGACCGUCGUCGGAUGCAACAAAACGCCCGCAUUUGGCAGUCUAAUAAUAUACAGCACCUAUAAUAAUAGUCAUAGUAUACUAAUAUGACUAAUGGUGUUGUUAUUUUAAUUAUUAUUAUAAUAAUAUUGACCGGUACUUACGAUCGAUUAUCCGUGUAUUAGAUACUCUUUAUUAUUACUGUAUUAUUAAUGGGUGUUAAAUGCCGAAAAUGGAAUACACAGAGAAAUAAAAAAAAAAAACCAUCACAAUCUCGUAAAUCGAUGCACAUAAUAGUCAACACUUAUUAUUCUUAUAAUAGAGAUAAUGUUAGUCCCUACUCCGAUCCGGUCUAACGCCGGUUGAAAGUGUGUACCUUGUAUGUGUGUACUAUAUGAACCUCGACUCUUACUAUUGUACCAGGUAUUAUAUUAUUAUUAUAAUCAUGUCAUAACUGAUCGUCAACCGGAUCGCCUAAAUAAUAAUAUAAUUAUUAAAGUUAAACGUUUCGAAAUCAUUUAAAUACGUCUGUCCUACCCGUCGUUCGCCGCAGUCGGUAAAACUUUUUAAACACCACAGGUACGAUACAUACUUAUAAUAAUAAUACGUGUAGUAUGUACUUAAUAUAAUUGUUAUUAUUAUUAUUAUUAUUAUAGUGAGUUGCGUUAUAAUAUUUUACUAUUCACACCGGAGUGUUAAUAGAAAAAAAAAAAUACAUUUUAAAAAAAAACGUAAUAACUUUUCAAACACCACAAACUUUAGAGUCUAAAACACGUAUUUGUAACUAUUCUAACUAAUUAAUCUAACGCACCCUAUUCAAACACCUGUUGACUGGUGUUUAAAUACUUAUUAAUAUUACGCGGUGUCGUUCAUAUAGGUGUCAUUUCGACGCGGUAAUUUCGAAGCGAGACAAUUGGGCGCAUUUUGACGCAACUAUAUUUCGGCACAUUUUUUUUUUUUAUUUUAUUUAUUAUUAUUGAUUUAUUUUGAAAAAUAAAUAUAUAUAAUAAAAAUAACAUAAAUUAUUGUUAAAUAUAAAAUUAAAAUAAAGUAAAUUAGUAUUAAGCAUAAAAUUCCAAUGUUAAAAUGUUACGUAUUCUAAUAAUAUAAUAAUACUAUAUCAGUAUACAAUCUUUAAAAAUAUCUUAACUAUUUUUACAUAUGUACAUUUAUUUUGAAAAAUAAAUCAAUAAUAAUAAUUAAACAAAAAAAAAAAAAAUGGGUCGAAAUGUGCUAUGCGCCCAAUUGUCUCUCGUCAAAAUGACCACGUCCAUUUGACGCUAGUCGAAAUUACCGCGUCUCGUAAACUCGUUCAUAUAUGUAUUACAAUUAUCGUUUGUUUUUUAAUAUUUCUCAACAAUUAUACCCGUGUAUGUAAUAUUAAUUACGACGCGUUUGUAUUUCAGUUGUGAUUUGCUAUGAACUCAGUGGUAUUGGUGAUAGUCAUGUUGCUGGCCAGCCACGUAAACAGUUCGCCAAUCUUGAACUUUUCGUGGGAUACGCCGAGGCAUUUCUGCGGAUCACAACUCGCCAACGUGUUGGCGUUGAUCUGCAAACAUGGAUACAACUUCCAUACGGUCAGCGAAGGUUAGUACCGCACCUACGAAUCAUAUUAUUUUAAUAUAAUAUAUUUAUUUAUGUUCAAUUCGGAGCAUAUCGAGGGGUCUAUUAGUUUUGCUAUGAUGUGUAUUUUUGUACUUUUUUAUUUUAAUUUGUCGUGUCUGUGAACAACUUUUCUACCAGAAAUCUUGCUCUGAUGUAUAGAGUGUAGCACUUUUACUGAAAGGUAACUAUAUCUAGUUGGUGCGUUGAACAGGUCAUUUUUUGAUUUUCAAAGGGGGUUUAGAAAAUAUUUGGUAAAAACCCGAAAGACAAUUAUAGGUACAACGGUAAAUAUUUACGACGUGCCGUAAUAUUUACGAUUUGAAAAUAAUACAUUUCGUACAUUUUCCCGGUUUUUCCCAUUUAUUAUGAAAACCCCUGGAAAAAUCAAAAAAUAGCCUUUCUAAAAUACCACCCCAGUUAUAUUUCAUUUCAGAAUAAGUGCUUUAAUUGAAAAUCGGAGCAAAAUUUCCGGUAGAAAAGUCGUUCACAGAAAAAAGUAAAAUAAACAUCAUUGUAAAACCAAUACAUUUCUCGCUCCGUUCAGAAUUUAGAAUAAAACUGAGUGGAGGUUUUGUGAACUUUUGGUACAUUGUUUAUUUUGUGUCUGGUGGUAAAAUUAUUGCAUAUAUUGGUUUGAAUAGAUUCUUAUUUAAUAUAAAGGUACCAACUAUAGUUUAUAAAAUAAAGGAUAGCUUAUUGAAUUUCUUAUUCAUGACGUGGUAAUCACGACUUUUUUUUAACAUUAUUUUGGACGAUUUGUAGUUGAUAAAGAUUCGAUUUAUUUACUGCACGCCAUUCGAUUAUGCCGUAUGAUAAUGUGGAUUCCCCAGUGCCUUAUAUACCUUUCAAAUUUAGUGAAUAUUUUGUAUAUAUUUAAGUUGCUUGAAAGUGUAAGAAAUUUUUCUAAAUUUUGUUACCAGUGAAUUUUUAUGAUCUACCCAUUACUGCACAUAUCUAUGCCUAAGUAUUUGAUAGUUGAGCUAAUUCGUUAUUUAUUUAUACAGAUACACGAGUUUGGAUUAAAGCAGCUCUCUGAAUGUAUAACUAUAUUUUUUAUGUUCGGAAAAUCAUUGAUUUAUAAGGAGUGAGAUACAAUUAAAGUUUUUUUUUAUUAUUAAUAUAAUAUUUUAAAUAUAAUCAUAGGUGGAUAGAUUUUAUAAUAUCGGAAUAGAUUUUUUGUAAGACUUCUUCCCAAGUGUAACCAGUUACAACAAGGGCCGUAUCGUCGAGUUAGAGUAUUAAUUUCAUUUAUUUUAACGUUGAAAAAAAGAGGCAAUAAUGCAGUACCCUCUGUAACUCCACAUAGAAUGCGUUCGCCUGAACUCAAUGUCCCAUUAAUAUUUACAAAGUGCAUUCUGUAUGUUGAAUACGAUUUAAUAAGCAGAAUUUGUAUACACAUUUUUUCCAACUUUGAUAGUAAUAUCUUAAAGUCUACUGUGUCUGGGCCUUGGACAAAUCUAUACGUAGUAAAUAUAUAUAUUUAAGCCUAUUUUUUGUUGUUAUCAAGUACAGUAUAUUGAAGUUUUCUAUUGAGUUCUUCGUUCGCCAUUGUAUGGCAAAUGCAUCAAAUUUAAUUUCAAUACCUACUCGUAUAAUUCAUAUGAUAAUAUAAAGAAACUACGGACAAUGUGAGGUAGAUAAUUUGCAUUCUAUAAUACUAUGUUUUAUAUUAUACUUGUUAAAAAUCACAUCACACUCCCCUCCGUGAUUACGGAAGGAAGAAGAUUUAUACUGACGGCUCCCGUGAGUACGUGUUACUGAACUUAAUUAGAAAAAUAUGUGUUUGGCAUUAAAACCUGUGAGCGAAAAUUCCCCUAACCUAAUCUAACCUUCACUCAUUCAAAUUAUAGGGUAUUACAUUUCGUGUUGCGGUAGGUUGUGGAAUUACGACUUUCCCAGAAUUCUUGAAAUAAUAAUGGUGCGGCGUUUUUUUUCCGAUUCAUUGACGAUAAAACUAUAGUGUUUGCAAUUUUUAAUGCAAACAUAAUGUUAUACAACAUCAUGGCAGAUUAUUCUUUUUUUUAUCGAUACCGUUUAAAAUAAUUUACGCGAUGGUUUUCCAACAAUAUAUACAUAUUAUUCGAAAUUAUGAAAUGUCUACUAUGUUCUAGUCUUCUAGGCAUAUAGGUACGAAAAAUAAUAUUAAUAUUCAGUAAUAUUUGAAAUAUAGGUACCUAUAUGUAGAUAUUUACAUAUUCAUUUAUUGCGUAAUUAUUUACGCAACACAAUAUACAAUAGUACUUUUUAGGUAUAAUAGCAUUAAUAGCAUUAUGAAUUUGUUGUGUAGAUAUUGUAAACUAUUGAUUGAUUUGUACAAAUAUAUUGAAUAUAUUCCCCAAUAUAGUGGGGGGGGGUCAGUGGGUACAUUUUACCCCACAAAUACAUUUUUUUUUGUGUUUUUCCUAGUUGACUAUACGAGAAAAAUCAUUAAAUAAUGUUAUGUAUUUAACAUAUUAUUUGAAACGUUUCUAGAAGUGUGAACAUUUUAAAAUUUGGAUUUUUUAAGAUAUAAGCAAAUACUUGUUUAUAAAAACACACGUGUCUUUUAAAAAUAUCCAAUAAUUAUAAUUUUAUUUGCUUUUACAGUUCCAAAAAGAAAACAAAAAUAAUAACAAUUAUUUGGAAAAAAACUUACUUGAAAAAGGGGGGAAUCUAACAAAUGCAAAACGUCAAAAAAAAAUAAUAAUAAUAAAAUAAAUAAAUAAAAGUUUCAAAAUGGAUUCAUUUGUUAUCCACAUACAAUUCGAACACUACCAACAAAAAGGUUCCAAUAAUCUAAAAACAAUAAAUUUUAGAGCAUUUUUUUCAAAUUUUUUUUUGCGCAUUAAAUCGUAUUUUUCAAUGCAUUUUUCUUAUUUUUCAGAGCAUUUAAAUCUGCACCCUAGUUAUUAUACAUUUAAGCGGUUGAAAAUCACUUCUUGCAUAAUACUAUUAUUUAUUGAUAUAGAAUCUCGGUGAUCGGAGUAACCGCAUAAUAUAUGAUUGUAAUAUUGAAUUAUUUUCGUUUCAGAUGUUACCGCUAGAAGCCGCCGCCGAAAAAGAGUACCAAUAGUGCAAGAGUGCUGCGAAAACACUUGCACGCCAAUCCAUCUGAAAUCUUACUGCUGGCAAAGCCAAAGGUACCUUAUAGGAUAUAACCUCUAUAUACGUGUACACACAUUAAUAUAAUAUAAUAAAAUUAAUACGAUUUCGAAAUACGAACAUCAUUCUCUUAUUAAUAUACAGCCUAAUUAUGCUGAUUACCUGAUUUUUUUUUUUAUAUUUUUACUUUCGCGUUGUAUUUCCACUCGCUUUAUAAUCAAAUAUUCACAUAUUAUAAAUAUAGUGCCUAUGCCUGUACAAUACAAUAUUAUUAUUAUACUAACAUAAUCAAAACGACAUUAAUACCUACAAUAUUAACAUUGUUCUAUGUAUUAACGCUUGCUAAAUAUAUGUUGCACUGUGCCAGUGUACCGGAAAUCGAUUUUCUUAAAAAAAAAUAAUAAUAAUAAUUUAAUAUAUUAUUUUGCAAUUCAACCGAACCGACGAUAAUAAAUAGAAAAAUAAUUAAAAAACACGCAAUAAUUAUAUGAUUUAUAAUAGGUAUAUUAUAUAGGAAAUAGGUGUUUUAUCAUAAAAAAAAUAAUAUAUACAAAUAGGUGUUAACAUUUUUUCGAGAUAAAAAGCUUUCACCCGAAACUAAUUUAUACGUCAAGCGUAUUAUAAAUAAAUAAUUUAAAUAUUAAGCUUAGGUAGGUACUAAGUAUUUUUUAUCAGCCGAUUAAAAAUGUACAAUACGGGUAGGUACGUUGAUUUGGAAAAAAAUUUGAAAAUUUCGGUUCGGCAUUCAAAAUAAAAGUUAUUAUUUUUUUGUAACCAUACCACUGAUAGGUAUCUAGCAAUCGACAAAUACAACAAGAGACCUUACUUUUUAUAGUUAUUCUAUAUACAUAGCUAUGCCUAUGCUUACCUAUACAUUAAGUAUUAUACUAUUAUGAUGUGUACAUAAUAUUUAAAUGGUUAAACGGUUUAAUGUGGAGUUGAUGAUUCUAACGCUUUAUGAAUAUUAUUAUCGUAUGACACAAAUAUAUUAUAAUAUUAGUUUAUAGAGUUACCUAUACUAACAAUAUUUAACCAAAUCAUACAAAGAAUAAUAUAUAUGUAUAAGAACGUCGCAUUAAAAGGGAUUCUGAUUGGGUGAUUUUUUUUUAAUCCAUGUGUCUUUCUACAGUACAGUAAUACCUAAUUAAUACAAUACCUAUACAUAAUACAUUCAUAUUCACGCGUAUCCAAAGGUGUUCACACACAAACACCUACCAUAUUUACUGUCAUUUAUAAAUAAUACUAUACCUAAUACACUUACGUCACGUAUUUAAUGUCUUACGUUUUUCUUUCAGUCUUUUGUAUAUAUCAUACUUAUACCUAUAUAAGUCUUUAUACGCCCUAGUUAUAUGCUUCUGUAUAAUAUAGUAUAUCUUCAUAACUCCAUCAUCAUCAACAACAACAGCAACAUAUUCACAUAAUAUAUUUAUUUUGUUCUUGUAAUAUCUAAUUCUAGUUCUUAUAAUAUAUACUCUCUGCGGACGAGUGGAAAUAUUAACAAAAAAAAUAAAAAAAUAUCAAUAAUUUUAAUUUUACAUUCAAAUUUAUUCGUUUUUGAUUUUAAUUUAUUUCGUAUUUUGUAUUAAAUUUAUCUAUUUGUUGUAGGUAUAUAUGAUUAGUUUAUAUAUUUUAUCGUCUAUAUAGGAAUAUGUAUUAUUAUAAGUACAUAACCAAAUCGGACGAGAGUGAAUAUCAUAAAUAUACCUAUAUAUACCCGCAUCAGUGUCGUCGUCGUGUUUUCUUUUUUUUCUAAAGCACAUAUUAUAUUAUUACGAUUUACAGGUUAUCCGAUUUAAGGAGCGAUUUGGAUCCGUCCGUAGAAAAACCCUCGGUAGACAAAAUCGCGAAAACCCAGAAUAUUCCCGCGAGUAACACUCUGUCCCAAAGAAAAGACGUAGUAGACAACAGUCUGCUGAUAGUCGAGCCCACGACUGCCAAACCAAAAUCCAAUAGUAUUAUACCUAAUUCUAAAGAGCACAUUAGGCAAACCAACAUUAAGUACAACACGAUACCGUACGUCCCGAAAAAAGAAGUAAGAGCCAUUAACAACAAUAAUAACAUAAUAUUAAAAAUCCUGCGCACGUUGUACAAUAUUGUAUUAUAACAAUAUAGAGUGUAUCACGGGAAUCUAUACACCAUUAGUAAUUUUACGGUGAAAUAUUUAAAUAUUAAAAUAAUAGUAAAAUAGGUAAACAUCAAAGAACACCCUAUAUAUAUAUAUAAAUAAAUAGGUACAUAAUAUUAUGUUAUACAAAAUAUAGCGUGUAUGGCCACCAAUCAGAAUCGCCGCAGCGACGUUCGGUUUACUGUAAUAGUUAUUAUAUGAUACCUACGUAUUAGUUUUCUAUAAAAUUAUAAAUUUUAAUUUGCAUGUGUACUCUUGCGUAGUUACGUCUCUUAUGUUAUGCGAAAUCAGGGCCGUGCCUAGGGGGGUGCGAUAAGUGCCCGCACGCCGGGCGCUAUGUGACUACAGGGUAGUCAUUGAGAAUUUUUGAAGUUUUGAAAUUGAAUAUUUUUACGCCCAACGAACAGGUUGAGCCUUUUUUUUUUUUUUUUUAUAGUUACCGGUAAAUUUUUCUGGCACCGGCUGUCGAUUUUACUGGGCACGGCACUGUACAUAAUAUAUAGUAUUAUACACGGCGUACUACACGCGUGUCUAGCGAUUAUUGAGUAUGAUUUUUAUUUGUUGUUUUUUUUUUUUUUCCCUAGUCGAUGAUCGUCCAGGACCCUUCACCAGGACGAGUGAAAACUGUAACACCGUAUUUCGACAAAAUUCCAUCGGUCAUCAUAACUAAAACGCAACACUGAAACUCGGGAAUAACAUAACACCUACUUGUCUUCAUUUUUGAAAAAAUAACAACAACACAAAAAUCUCAAACACUGUUUGGUUUUAUCUUAUUGAUCAUAUUGUAUCAUAUACCUACUCAAAAUAAAUUGUUUUUUUUUUUUUUUUUUGUACGUCUGCGCAUAUUAUAUUAAACACAAUAAGUGCAUGUUACAUAGGAAAACGAAAAAUUAAAAACAAAAAUAUUAUAAACAUCAUCAAGUCCAGUGUUAGUUUUAAUUUAUUUUGUAUAGGUAUAAUACCUAUAUAUAUAUACAUAUUAUAAUAUAUUAUAUAAUAAGCGUGUUUAUAUAUAAUAUUAUAAGUAAUUCGUUCCUGUGUUAAGUUUGCACAAUUUUAGUCCACGGCGAUAAGAUUGUCGUUGCGUAAUAACAAUUUUUAAAAAAUUAUUAUAAAACAAGUCUGAUUUUAUGACAAUUAUUAUUAUUAUUAUUAUUAUUAUUAUUUAUCUGUUCGCUCCAUUAUAUGGAAUAUAAUAGAACAAAACAAUUAUAUGAAUAUAAUAUUAUUUAUGUAUUUUUAUUUAUAUACCGACGUACUGAUAAUAAUAUUAACCAUAAUUUUAUUAAACACGGUGUGUUAAAAUUGUAUUAUUUGUCAUUAUUUCUUGCCACAAAUAUUCCUGAAAUCGUCGAUGCUGCACGCUCUCUUGCAGCACUCAGUGACCAUAUGCGAUAUAUUAUCCCGUUUUAUAAUUGCUGAAGUUCUGACAUUAUCGUCUGAAAGUUUAAUGAUAUUACGAUUUUACAAAAUAAAAUACCUGUACGCAAGUGCGUUAAUAUCUUAAGCCGAAACCUUACUAAUUAAUUUAGGCGAUGGAGAUGAAGUUUUACGGUGCAUUUUGUUUCGCGUAUAAAUCGACAAGUAAUGAGGACGAUUUUGAAUCGUGGUCGUCGGUUCUAGCACAAGAAUAAAUUGAAUCA